ACCAACAUGUCAAAAUCAAAAAAUGAAUCAAAAGGCAUGAUUCAUAUUCAAAUACACUGCCACAUGAACCACGCUGCUCAUUCUACCAUCCUAUAAAUCUCCUCGAUUCUUCAGCUUCACCAUCUGUACAAUCGCAACUCACUUCCAAAAAAUGGCUUCAUUUCUAGCUUCUCAAUCUUGUGUUCUUGCUACAAACCCUAAAUUUUCGUCUCUUAAACCCACUUCCAUUCAUCAAUCUUUCACCAUACUUCGCUUUUCUGCUCCACGUUUUUCCCCUUCGUCUUUUCCCGGUACUGGGUUAGUUCAUGUUGCAAGAGAAAGUAAAAGUCGGGCCUCAUUUGUAGUGACAAAUGCAGUGAGGGAAGUUGAAGGAUUCGUCACUAAAACCCAGGGCCUCCGAUUCGCCAUUGUUGUGGCGAAGUUUAAUGAAUUUAUAACAAGGCGGCUAAUGGAAGGAGCUCUUGACACUUUUAAGAAAUAUUCAGUCACUGAAGAUAUAGAUGUUUUUUGGGUUCCUGGUGCUUAUGAGCUUGGUGUUACUGCCCAGGAACUUGGUAAAUCAGGAAAAUAUCAUGCUAUUAUAUGUCUUGGGGCUGUGAUACGGGGUGAUACUUCACAUUAUGAUGCUGUCGUUAAUUCAGCCUCCUCUGGAGUACUUUCGGCUGGAUUAAAUUCAGGAGUGCCUUGUAUCUUUGGUGUCCUUACUUGUGAUGACAUGGAUCAGGCCAUUAACAGAGUUGGUGGCAAGGCGGGCAAUAAAGGUUCUGAAGCAGCACUAACAGCUAUUGAGAUGGCAUCGCUCUUCGAACAUCAUUUGAAAGCCUAACUUACAAUCUCAUCGAAGUUUAAGGUAGUUCCCUUGUUCAUUGAAACGCUUCAAGGUUUGCUUAUACCCAAGGCUGCUACAUACGUUCCUCCAAUGCCUACAGGGAGACAAGGGAAUCGCAAAGAGUGAACGAUAAACUUCCUUUGAGCAAGGAUGAAUGGGCAAGCCUUUGGGUUUUGCAUUAUUUUUAUUUUAUUUUCAAUUUUUGUUUUUGGGUUUUUGAUAGAGUUGUAUUUUGGGAAUAAAUACUUUGGAAAUUGUAUGCAAAAAGCUUUGGUGGGCAGCUUUGAAUAGUUGGAAAGCCAUGCCUAUUGAUUUCCUCUUACAAAACUUUCAGAAUGUUUCUUGAAUGUUACAUCAUAUUUGCUUGCCAUUAUUGAAAUAUUUCUGUUUUAUUUAUA